CCAACAGUAGCACUUUGGUUUCCACCUCUCUAGUUUCAGCCUCACAUCGACAGGGAAAUACGGACUUUUCAUCGACCGAAAUACGCCGUUUGACGUGGUGGACAUAAAGCGGACGGCGGCUGCUCCCGCCUGGACACCGGCUCGCCGCUCGGUGUUUAAUUCCGACACCAACUAGGAGAACUAGCCGCGGCUAACGUGGGGUUAGUUGGCUGCCUCUCCGGCUAGCUGCGUCGUGUUGCACAGUCGUUUUUUUAACUUCUGACUUGCAGAAAUGUUCCCCGUCUGCCUCUAAAGCCUCGACGGGAGCCGAGCCGUCGACUUUUGGUCCUCAUGGCUCGGUAUAAGGAUUUAGCAAUGAAAAGAAAACCCCACUUUCCCUGGGUGGACCCUGGAUAAAGACAAUGUCAUCAACAGCACCAGGAACACCAUCUCCAGCGGGCCAUCUCGGCACAGCAGGUCUAUGGCGAGAAGCGGGACAACAUGGUCAUCCCAGUCCCCGAGGCGGAGAGCAACAUCACCUACUACGACUCCCUCUACCCUGGGGACUACAAGAUGCCAAAGCAGCUAAUUCACAUACAGCCUUUCAGCUUGGACACAGAGCAGCCAGACUACGACCUGGACUCAGACGAUGAGGCCUUUGUCAUCAAGCUGAAAAAGAAGAUGGAGAUCAGCUUCCUGCAGUUUGAGGAGAUGAUUGACCGGCUGGAGAAAGGCAGUGGACAGCAGCUUGUGAGUCUUCCUGAGGCCAAACUGCUGCUGAAGGAGGACGACGAGCUCAUCAAGGAGGUCUUCGACUACUGGAGCCGCAAGAGGAAAAACAGCAAAGCCAACUCUCUGAUCCCCAACGUCAAGCAGGAGAAACGAGACGGCUCCAGCACCAGUGACCCCUACGUGGCCUUCCGACGGCGCACCGAAAAGAUGCAAACUAGGAAGAAUCGUAAGAAUGACGAGGCGUCCUAUGAGAAGAUGCUGAAGCUCCGUCGGGAUCUCAGCCGAGCCGUCACCAUCCUGGAAAUGAUCAAGAGGAGGGAAAAGAGCAAGAGAGAGCUGCUGCACCUCACACUGGAGAUUUUCGAGAAGAGAAAUGUCAUGUCAGACUUUGGUGGUGAGGUGAUGGCAGAGGUUCUGGCUGAACGGGCGCUGGUCAGGCCGCAGAUCAUUCCCCUGGUCCCACUAACUAACCAGUACCGACACCAGGACCACAUGGACCUCAAAGACUACAAGUCCAAGCCCGAGAAGACGGAAGUUCCCCGGCAGAAGAGGAAGUACGAGAAGAAGCAGAAGGUGCUCCCUCUUUCGUCAGGCACCCCUCACCAUCCAGGUCCUGUUGUCUUCAACGCCAAGGACCUGAACCAAUAUGACUUCCCCAGCUCGGAUGACGAGUCCUUCUCCCAGCUGCACUCAGGCUCUUCAGAAGCAGAGGAGGAGAACGAUCCAGAUGGUGCCUAUGCCUUUCGCAGGAAGGCCGGCUGCCAGUACUAUGCUGCUCGUCAGGAUCGGGUGGGUAGCUGGCCGUGGUGUGGUCCCUGGGAGGGCGGUUUGGCAGAAGCUCGCUUUCGCUACAGUCUCACAACACUCACCAUGCCGAAGCGAUGCCUGGGCAUGGCUCGACGCCGCGUGGGACGAGGCGGCAGGGUGUUGCUGGACAGGGCAUACACGGACUAUGACAACAUUUUCCACGGACUGGAUGCAGAAAUGCUCGACCUGCCUCUUUCCCCCUCUUCCCCUCCUCCUACAACUACUUCACGCUCGCCGGCCACAGACAAGUUUGCCAGUACCUCAGAAACAAAUACCUCGGACAGAAGUUCCUCCUCCUUCAACUCCUCUCUUUCCCCAUCCUCUCCCUCUUCCACGGACCUCAGUCAGAUACUGUUGAAUAUAAAGUCGUGCCGAUGGAGGCACUUUAGACCACGGACACUACCACUACAUGAGCUGGACAAUGCCCACCCUCUAUUCAGGAGGUUGAGCCGAGGCCUGAAGCGCCCGGUUUCUGCCUCCACAGCUGGGGGACAGCCCUAUGGCUCCCAACGCCCAGGGAGGGUUGUCCCUGCACCCACCCCCAUUGCUGCUUUCACAGCCGAACAGUACCAGCAGCAUCAGGAGCAGCUGGCCCUGAUGCAGAAACAGCAGCUGGAGCAAAUCCAGCUGCAACAGCAAGCCAACAGCACCGCCACUGCCAACAGCACACAGGUUAAACCCCCGUUCCUUCUCCUCCGACAGGGCCUGGCGAAUACGUUGGACCAGGCCAGCGCUCAGUUUGCCGCCUCGGCCCUCGUCACCGCCGACCAACUGCUGGCUCUGAAAACCAAGGAGGAGCUAGCCCUGGGAGGCGGAGUCAACGGCGUCCUCUCCCCCUCAGGUGUCUACAAGGGCUUGCACCUCUCGAGCACAGCGUCCCCAUCCCCCGCCGCCCCGGCUCCUCCCACCACUACCCCGACACCCGCCUUGCUCCACCCCUGCAGCACCACCAGCUCCACCUCCGCUACCAGUAACAACAACGGCACCGCCCACCCCGCCAACACCACUAACACCGCCGCCACUCAGGUCCUGCUGGGAAACAACAACAGCAGCCUCCGUCUGGGUGUUCCCACCGGCAAGCGCAUCCACGCCCCCCGGACGCUGAGCACCACCAUGUCAACAUCCGCCUUAAAGCUCGCCCACGCAGCAACCGCCAACUGUCAGAAACCCAAGGUCACUACAGCCUCGGCCUCGACGCUGGACAUAGUGCCCAGGGAGAAUCACGAACAAGACAAGCCAGCACUGAACAGUCUAUCAGAGAACACAGUGGCCAUGGAGGUUACGUAGCCUCUCGUCCACGGCUCGGAGGAAGCGUGACUCCUUUGGUGUUGUUUUCUCUCUCCUUUUUUUAGGUGCUAUGCAUCAUUUGGUAGUCGUGAAUGCAAGUGGUGGCGGAAUGAGCACGGCAAGGCUGGGUUUCCAUGGCAACAGUUUUGGGACUUAAUUGCAAUGCUCGUCUCGUACAAUUUUUUUUUUCCUCCCUCCUCCCCCAUUUCCCUAUUUGUUACUGUUAAUAAGAGAUCGUCUGUAAAUUCUUAAUAUGGCAAUUAUAUGUACAGUACUGCAUAUUUGUAAUACCCCCCUCCCCGGCCCCUGUUCUUGUAUAUAACAUUACUUGAAUACAGAAUUGUUCAUUUGUGAUGUUUUGCACUCUCGAGACAUAAAAAAGAAAAAAAAAUCAAAAUUAAAAAGAGAAAACGACAAACUGCAACUGGUGCGAGUAUGAGGUGUGAAAGUUGUACCACAGAAAAAUGUAUGUCAUCACAUGCAUGGUGCGGAACCUGCUGUUUGAUCUAUUUAUUGUGCCGUGUUUACAGAGGUUUUUUUUCCCCCGUUCAUGUUUUUUUUCUUUAAUCCCUUUUUUUUUUUUUUUUUUUAAUACACUGUACCCCUCACCGGUUCCCCGUGCUGUAGUCAGUGUUUAGCUAGAUUAAAAAAAAAAGUGUAUUUCUUUGGAUGUUGUGAACAUGGCCGGGAGCUCGCCCGCCUUGCUUGGGCGUUCUUCCACGAUGUUCCCAUGUGUCAUGUUGAACCCAUGGAGACAUGCAUUCAUACAGAUUCAGGCGCAGGACAGUAGAAGAAGACAGGUGUGAAUUUGUUUGUUGUAGGCAUCAGUUUGUCAGUGGGUUAAUCAGUCUCCACAAAGCUCUUCCAUACAUUUAUUAUUCCUGAGACAAGUAACAAAACAAUGGGGAUGAAGACUUUCCCAGAAGACUUUGCUGCUUCUGACGUAUCUAAGCACUAUAUAAUUUGUUUUUUAAUUGAUUGAUGCUGCUUUUGUAUGAUUUUGGUCUCUGGUUUGCACCAGAUGACUGUAUUUACUUUAUGUUCUGUCUAAAAGAUAAUCUCCACCCCCCUUUUAUCAUUUUUUUAAAAUAAAUAUUUUUGUAUCUCCCCCUUUUUUUUUUUUUUAAAUUUUAAAUUUCUUCACGAAAGACUUCAUUCUUUUGUUACUUGUUGAUCAAAAACAAAAAAGACUAUAAGGGAGUAAAAAAAAAAUGCAGUAACUGACAUUUAUUAUCAUUCCAGCUUCUGUAUUAUAAGGAAGAAAACAUGAAUUAAUUGAAAGGAAAAAAAACAAAGAUCGUUGUCUCUACUUUUAAAAACUCUCCAGAAGGCUGAAAGGCCGCGAACCACAAGUUAUCGGGUGCCUUCAUUUGGGUAAAAAGAAAAACCUUAAAAAAAAUCGCUCUCUUCUGUGAAGAGUUUGGUACUGAACAAGGCUACUUGUAGUUUUUCUUUGUCUGUACCACAAUCCCAAUGCCCAUUCCAAUGGCCCAGUUGAUUCAUGAGUUUUUGUUUUCUUUUGUUUUUGUAGACUCUUCCACCGCACACAUACACACAUGGGAAAGACUAAGAAUCCUCUUGAAUUGUCACAAAAUGAAAUAAAAAUCCAGGGCAUUA